AAUUGUUUUCAAAACUUCUGUGAAUCACCGGCUGAUUCUAUAAAUUAUAUUUACAGUGAAUAAAGGUUUUCUUGUCAAUUAAAUUUAUAAAAAUACUUAUUAGAACGUUGAAAAUGGUUCGUGUAAUAACUCAAGAGACAUACGAUGAUGUUGUGAAGGAGAAUAUGAAUGAAUUUGAUAUGAGCCCAGAAGAGGCUAUUAAAGAAGCAAUUGCUCAAUUUGAAGCACAGGGUGUGGAUUUAUCAAACAUUAUCAAGGAUUUAAAUUUAAACACUGGAGAAGAACAUCUAGUGAGCUUGACUGUUAAAAAACUCAAGGAGUUAUCAAAUGCAGGCCAAAACAAUGAUGAACUGGUCUUGGAGCAAUUGGAUAUAUUGAUGAAAGAAUGCAAUAAAGAUAUUGCCCAUAGAGUGAGAGCAGGCAAAGAGGGUAUUUAUACUGUACUUAUAAAUUUACUGGAGGCAAAACAGAAAUCUUAUUUAAAGAUUAAUGAUGCAAAAGAUGCUGCUAUCAUUAUAAAAGUAUUAAACACAUUAAUAUCUUUAAUGGAUUCACAACCGGAUUUAUUGGAUAGAAGAGGUGUUGAAAUAAUAAAAAAAAAUCUAGAUGAAAUAGAUGAUGAAUCUAUUUUAAUAGCAACAUUAAAAUGGGCUGCAUUGUGUUGUGUUAAACAUGAAAUGAACAGGCAGAUGAUAUUUGGUAUUGGCAUUGGACGGAAUUUGAAAAAUUUAUUAAAUAAAACUAAUAAUGAACAGUUAAUAACCGAAUGCCUACAAGUCAUCAGAAAGUUGACUUUAGAUGAUGACGUGCGCGUGGAGUUUGGGAGAGCGCACGAACAUGCUCGCGAGCUUGGUGCUGAGCUGCUCGAUACUUUGACUAGAUUACUUGAAAAUAAUAUGAAGCCACCUUUAGUAUGUGACAUGAUGUGUACAAUUGCGUGUCUGUUGGUGCGACAUGAGUUGUGUGCACUAGCGGCUGAGCGCGGCGCUACUUUGCUCUUCACUGUACUUGCUGACAACUAUGAUGACCUCACCGUUAUACAUCAAGCCACCAAGCUGAUAACAGCGUUGGCAGGCAACGAUGACGUCAAACGGCAGCUCGUGAAGUGUGGCAUUGUGCCUAUAAUUGUCUCAUUGCUGAGUAGAUUUGCCAGUAACGCGACAGUGACAGCGCAGACAUUGCGCUGUGUGUCUGCACUAGCGCUGCGAGAGCCGGCACAUGGCCGCCUGCUGCUCGACUGCGGCGCUCCUGAACCUCUCGCACAUUGUCUCAAGAUGCAUCCAAGGAAUGCCGCCGUCCAGAAGAACGGUUGCUGGGCGAUACGGAACAUGGUAGCUAGAUGUCGCGACUACAAUAGUAAGUUCAAGGAGCUAGGCAUUGAAGAUAUAUUGAACCAGACGUAUGCCAUUUUCUCACAAGAUUUCGGAUUCGACAUCAAAUCAGCACUCAGAGACCUCGAUUGUGAGGUCAAACUUGACGAGCAAUGGACGGGAAAAGGCGUACAAAUGACCAAUUAAAGAUUAAUAAAUAAUAAUUCCAGACUAAUUCUGAAUAUAUUCUAUUACAACAAUCUGUGACGUACUCUUUGACUUGUUUAAUCUGUGACGUUUUUAUUCUAUGACAUUUUUACUGUGAUUUUUUACUCUAUGACACCGUUAUUUAAUGUCUCAUCUACACAUCUUAAUCUGUGGCUGUUAUUUUAUCUUCAUCAGUCACUUCUAUAAACUAAUUUUGUUACAAACAAAUAUCUUACUAAUAUUAUAAAUGCGAAUGUUUAGAUGGAU